AUGGGGUUCACCAGAAGGAGCAUCAAGAACCCUGCCCCUGGUUCUAAGGCCCAAGCGGCUGGGUCGUCAGCGUUGGCGGCGGCGGCGGCGAGCAGCAGGAAGCGCGGCGUCAAGCCGGUUAGGUCGGCGCCGAAGGGGCGGUUCCGCGGUGUGUACGAGCGCCAGCCCGGCCGGUGGGCGGCGGAGUUCAGGAGCCACAGGCUCAAAGUCCGUCAUUGGCUCGGCACGUUCGCCACCGAGGAGGAGGCCAAGGUCGCCUACGACGCCUUGGAGGCGCAGUUCCUCUCGCUCUCGUACGGUGGCCAGCCGGCCUCAUCGGAAUGUGGCGGCGACGGCGGUGGUGUUUACAAAGCGCCACCACAUCCGUCAGAUGAGAAGCAACAAAUUGUACUGGCUUUGACGGCGACGACGACUACGACGACUAUGGUGUCGUCUGCGUGUGCGAUGGCAGUGACCGUCUCGUCCACGCCGUCCACGCCAAGCAUCUCUUCCUUGACGUCGGCGUCACCUCCGACGCCGUCGCAGAACGCAUGA